UUUUAAAAAAGAAAGACUAAAAUGAGGUCCAGUUCAAUUAUUGUUGCUGUAUUUCUUGUCUAUCAGAUUUGCUUUAACGCUGGUGAGGAAAGUGGUAAUUGCAUACUCAAGCCCAUUUCAAAUAACAACAAUAGAUCUACUGCUAGGAUCAGCAAUAUUACUGUCUCUGAUGACGAGACCUGUAGAGAAGCGGAUAAUGAGGGCAGUGAUAGUAACUGUACUCUUUUAAGUGAAUCAUGUAGUUUUAGUUCAUGUGAGCUUCUACUAAAUGACUCUAAUAAAGAUGACUAUUGUUAUAGCUUAACUGAUUCAUGUAUCUUACUAUCCAAUGAGAGCAAUUGUACUAUUACAAAUACCACCAGAGUUUCAUCAUCAACUAUGAUUCUAACAUCAACAGAUUCAAUCAGUCCCAGCUUAUCAGAUACAACUUUAACAAUUUCUUCAUCAACAGUUGUUUUCACUUCGGUGGUAAAUCUAAGUUCUGAGUCUACAAUACAACACACAAGUUUGCAGAGUAAAUCAUCAUCAAUACUGAUCGGUCCAUCAAUUCCCAGUUCAUUAGCUACAACUUCAACAAUUUCUUUAUCAGCAGUAGUUUUCACUUCGGUAUAUGAGUCUACAACACAACACACAAGUUCACAAAGUACAUCACCAUCAUCAGUCACAGUGCAGCCAACAUUUCAAUUGACUGAUCUCAUUGAAGAGCCACUUAUAUACUACUGGCCGCCAGGACUAGCAUUGUUAAUGCUGAUGUGCUGUGCCUGCAUUUUCUGUUUGAUACUAUGUAUCCGGAUUAGGAGUUGGAAGUCAAAAAUGAAGGCAUACAAGUUUGUAAUAGCUCACGAUUGUGGAAUACAGGACUUAAAAUACAUUGAUUUGCCAUCUCGCUACGAUAGUAAAAUUGAAUUCACUACAUUCAAAAAUUUGUCAAAACUUGACAACAAAGAAGACAAAGAAGAUGCAGAGGAGACUGAGCUUAAAGCAGGUGCAACUGGUGAGUUUGGAGAAGGCAUACCAGGAGUCAUUAUAAUGGAAUCUGAGCCAGUUACAGAUCUUGAGACUCAAGCAUUGAUAACGGGAGAAGACAAUGAAAAUACGGAUGAAGAAAAGAAAGAAGAAAAGAAAGAUGAUGCAAAAGAUGAGCCUAAAGACACUAGUGAGUCUAAACAACAAGAAACAGGAGGUCUAGAAGUCUCCAUUAUUAUUGAAAGCUCAAUAAUCAACGUGGAAGCAAAAACAACUGCAGAUGCUCAAACUUCUGGCAGUGAUGACACUAAUUGUUCUUCCAAAGAGUCGACAACAGUGGACACAUCUGGUAUUGAAAAUAAUCCAAUUGAAAAUAAUCCAACACCAUUAGGCAUUGUUGAUGUAACAGAUGGAAGCACUAAGCAAGAGGUGAGUCCAAAGCAAACAAUGGGAGAUGAAAAGCAAAGCAAUAGGGAAGGGGAAGGAAAAGAGGGUGCUGAAAGAAAACCAGAGGAAGAUGUAAAGAAAGAAGAAUCUAAAAUGGAGGAUAAGCAAGAAGCAGAAAAGAAGGAUCUCAGCGAAGACACACUCACUAAGUCAAUGGAUGUCUUUAACAUGCAGUUAGGAGCGAUAUUAGAUUUAAUAAAAGAUGAUGAUAAAGACACCAAAGCACAGACAGUUUUGUAGAAAAAAUAAUUAGAGAUAUAAAGCAUUAUAGCUCAAUAGAUUUGUAGUACAUAGGUUGUAGUAAAAAAAACACAACAUAAAAUAGAGACAAUUAGAUAUGCACAUUUCAUUUAUUAUUCUUAGUUUUUAUACGUUAAAUUUGUGACCACUUGCAA